CUUAUCUCACCGGCUGUAUCCGGUCACCUAAAUAUUGUAACCGGCUAUACCCAAUCACUCCGCAGUUACUUCCCGCUAGAUAUAUAUAAGCACCGAUCAUCAUUCCAGAGCCUUUUCCCCUUUUCUUCUCUGAAAAAAGCUUUCUUCAAUCACUCUCUUCGUACAUAGGUUACCGAACAGAACAAUGCGCUUCUUGAUUUCUUGGUCGUGAGUGGGAUAGUUAUUUGGAUCUCAGGCACCAAUUACCGGGGCCUCGAUUGGUACCUUAAAAGUGCUUAAGCAAUGGCUCAUUCACCUUCAACCUCGGGUAUAGUUUCUCAUGGAGAGGGCCAACCCCUGGUUGCUGGUAAUUCCCAAUUAAGUUCAAAUUUUGGGAACUCAUUGAGUUCUCCACCUGGACAUGCACGUGGGAGCGCGGUUCCAGUUUCAGGGGGUGUCGGCACCACAGUCUUGACCAGUGUGACGAGCUCAGGACCCAGCGUUGGAGCAAGUUCUUUGGUAACUGAUGCCAAUUCCGGACUUUCAGGAGGUCCUCAUCUUCAGAGAAGUACCAGUAUCAAUACAGAAUCUUACAUGCGCUUGCCUGGAUCACCAUUAUCAUUCUCGUCUACUAACAUUGGCAUUUCUGGUAAUUCUGCCAUGGAUAGAUCUUCCGUUGUGCAACAGAGUUCCAACCAAGACCCGUGUUCGCAAAAUUUCAAUCAAAGUCGGCAGCAUCCGGCGGCUUCUAGUGCCACAUCUUUGCUAAGGAUGGGGCAAGUUCAACUCCAUGGAGGUUCAAGGAUGUCCAAUUCUUCCGCACAGGACCCAAGUGCUAUGUAUCAGCUACAUAAGAAACCUCGCUUGGAUAUGAAGCAUGAAGAUAUUGUGCAACAGCAGGUUUUGCAACAGCAAAUACAGAGACAUGAUCCCAUGAACCUGCAGAACUCCAAUCCUCAAAUGCAAGCUCUGAUCCACCAACACAGAUUAAGGGAGAAAGAGCAACAGUUUCUGCAAGCUAUGCCGCCAAGUCAGCGGGUUCAGUUUUUGCAGCAGCAGCAGCAGCAGCAGCAACAACUUAUGUUAAGACAGCAGCUUCAAGCGCAGGGGAUGCCACCUUCGUCUGGAGUAAAACGACCUUAUGAUGAUGGUCUUUGCUCACGUCGACUAAUGCAGUACUUGUAUCACCAGAGACAACGACCUCAUGAUGAUGCUAUUUCCUAUUGGAGAAAAUUUGUGGCCGAGUAUUACUGUCCACGUGCUAAGAAGAGGUGGUGUGUAUCUAUGUACGAUAACGUCGGGCAUCAUUCGCCUGGGGUGUUCCCCCAGGCAGCAAUGAAUACAUGGCGGUGUGACAUUUGUGGUUCAAAUUCCGGAAGGGGUUUUGAGGCAACCUAUGAAGUGCUUCCUAGGCUAAGUAAAAUUAAAUUUAGUUGUGGGGUGCUCGACGAACUACUAUAUCUGGACUUGCCUCGUGAACGAAGGUUUCCUUCAGGAAUGAUGAUGCUGGAGUAUGCAAAGGCAGUUCAGGAAACUGUAUAUGAGCAACUUCGCGUGGUUCGCGAGGGUCAGCUUCGCAUCCUUUUCACUCCGGAUUUGAAGAUAUUGUCUUGGGAAUUUUGUGCUCGGCGUCAUGAAGAACUUAUUCCUCGCAGAUCGGUUGCACCACAGGUCAACCAGUUACUGCAGGUUGCCCAGAAGUGCCAAAGCACAAUAUCUCAAAGUGGAGCUGAUGGUGUCUCUCAGUCAGAUUUACAGGCAAACAGUGCUAUGGUUGUAACAGCAGGGCGCCAGCUUGCUAGAAGUUUGGAGUCACAGUCACUAAACGAUCUUGGCUUUCCCAAAAGAUAUGUUCGCACGCUACAGAUAGCCGAUGUUGUUAACAGCAUGAAAGACUUGAUAGAUUUUUGGAGCGAACAGAAAAGUGGCCCCAUAGGGAGCUUGAAUAGCUCCCUCGACGGUCCGCUUCAAUGGAUCAAUACUGCUAAUCAACAGCAAUUGCAGCAGCUGCACUCACUGUAUGGGAAUGCGAGUGGCUCCUCACUGGAGCAAAACAAUCAAACGGUGCCUCCGCAAAGAGGAAACCAAGCACUUCAACAGCAAAUGAUGCAGCAAUAUCUUCAUGAUUUGAGCAAGAAGAAUAACGGAGGAGCAGUUCCUCAGCAGAACAUUCCUUUUCAGAGUACAGGUGGCAAUAUAUCUGGUGGGGCCCAUGACCAACCACCGAGCAUAGACAAUAGUUUUAGAGGUGCUUCUGUGUCAAACAGUGAAUCUCCCGCUCAUGGCGGUCAUAAUAAUAAUAAUAAUAAUAAUAAUAAUAAUAAUAAUAAUAAUAAUAAUAAUAAUAAUAAUAAUAAUAAUAAUAAUAAUAAUAAUAAUAAUAAUAAUAAUAAUAAUAAUAAUAAUAAUAAUAAUAAUAAUAAUGUUGGAGUUGGGCAAAAGGCAUCGGAUUUGCCGCAGAGUUCAAAUUACUCGGAUCAAAUUGCUUCGGAUAUUUCCCACGAGUUCCUAGAAAACGGCUUCUUUAGUGAUGACAUCGACUUCAACUGGUAAGGUGUGAUGACUAAUGUAGUGUGUUCGUUUAUGGUAUGGUGAGCGAAUCGAACUGAGGUUUCGGUGGAGUCUUUUUUUUUUUUUUUUUUUUUUUUUUUUUUUUUUUUUUGAAGCGCGAGUUGAAGGAUAUACGUAUGUACAGGCUGCUGUUUCAGUUACUUUAUGAUUUUUAUUUUGCUUCUCUUUUAUCUCCCAUUAUGGAGUCUGAGUUGCAAGUUUUACGGGAACAUUGGUUCAUGCUUGUGGGUUUUGUCCACCACCCUAUAGCUUCUUGCAAGUGUAACCUACUGACAAUAAGUCGAUAUUUGGUAUUAGAGUCGUUAAUUUGUGAUUUCGUAUUCUA